AUGUCCGAGCGAGUCGUUCCUCAACAGGGCGAAAAUGUCCCUGUCAGUGGCCUUGCUGAACUGCACGCCCAUCUUGCAGAGCUCCAUCAGCCUGGAAAUGAAGAGACACCAUUAAACAACAAGCUCUUUGAUGAUGUCGAGCUUCAACUCACUCCUUCGAAUAUCCCUAUUAUUCAGCCAACUCUUCUCCCUCCGCUGAUGUCUCUCCUCAAGACCACAACACAAGAUCCAACUGUGGUCUUCUCUCUCACCACCAAGCUCCUAUCACCUCUUUUAUUCACACAAUGCUUAUCUCUAGGCGGCGCUGAAUCUCUUAUCGAAGCUCUCAAGUCGCCUCUUGCUGGCGCCAAUCUGCUCGCUCUGAAUAUCAUUCAAAAAGCCGCUAGCAAUCCCCGAGAGGUCGACGCUCUCGCUGCCCUACCUGAGGUUGUCGAGGAGCUACUUCGCACAUGGCUAGGCUCACCAGAUCCUGAUGUUGGAGGACGCUCUACAAGAGUUUUGGGCAGUCUUCUCGAGACAGAUUGCGAUAUCAUGCCGGAAACCCAACCAGCCAUGUCGAACGGCGUCAAUGUCGUCAGCCCUUCAGAAACAGGGCUCGUGAAGCGUCAUAUCCCUGGACAUGCCAGUCUCUGGCGCUUGGUUAUCUGGGAUCGCCAUUAUCUCGAGAUCAUCGUUUCCCUUUGCCGUCCCGCAAUCAUCAAUCGACAAGCAACAUUCGCGCAGGACCGUCUAUUGAGGAUCAUUCCUCGCCUAACCGCUCUUCAUCCUCGUGCCAUGGCUAUCUCUCCAUUCGCGGAUAUAUUCCCUCUGCCAGACUAUGCAAGCGAGACCAUCGGUCAUGGCUUAUUGCAAUGGGCAGCACUGAACAUGGUUGAUACAAGUGAUGUUCUCAUGCAUCAGACUCUGAUUGUCUUCUUCGAGUCGUUUGUGAGCAUUCUGCGGAUUGCAGGCGAUUCGCCCGAUAAAGAUGCCAUUGUGCGUAACGUGGUCAAGACAGCCACUUCACAAGAUGAAGAAUUGAAGCGGUCUUUGAGGACACUGCCAGAUAGGACGGUACAGGAGGAAGCGGAGCCCCUGACCAAGUACAUCAGCCAAAUACUGGACUAA